AGUGCAGAGUGGCCGGAGCUCCGGGCUCGCCAUGCCCACCAACUUCACCGUGGUGCCCGUGGAGGCGCGGGCGGACGGCGGCCAGGAGGAGGCGGCGGAGCCGAGCGAGGCGCCAGGCCCGCCCGAGGGCGGCGAGCCCGACUGCCCGAGCCUGGGAGACGGACACCCCAGGGAGAGCAGCCCGUUCAUCAGCCAUGGGGAGGCGGACACAGAGAGUGUCUACGAAGGGAAGAACAUGGCGCUCUUUGAGGAGGAGAUGGACAGUAACCCGAUGGUGUCCUCGCUGCUCAACAAGCUGGCCAACUACACCAACCUGAGCCAGGGCGUGGUAGAGCAUGAGGAGGCAGAGGACAGCCGGCGGCGGCAGGCCAAGAGCCCUGGCAUGGGCACCUUCAUCGGCGUCUACCUGCCCUGCCUGCAGAACAUUCUGGGCGUGAUCCUCUUUCUGCGCCUCACGUGGAUCGUGGGAGCAGCCGGCGUGCUGGAGUCCUUCCUCAUCGUGUCCAUGUGCUGCACCUGUACGAUGCUGACCGCCAUCUCCAUGAGCGCGAUCGCGACCAAUGGCGUGGUCCCAGCUGGCGGCUCCUACUACAUGAUAUCGCGGUCUCUGGGGCCGGAGUUUGGGGGGGCCGUGGGCCUCUGCUUCUACCUGGGCACCACAUUUGCGGGGGCCAUGUACAUUUUGGGGACCAUUGAGAUUUUUUUGACCUACAUCUCCCCCGGUGCGGCCAUCGUGCACCCCGAGGGCGCGGGGGGCGAGGCCGCGGCCCUGCUGCACAACAUGCGCGUGUACGGGACCUGCACGCUGGCCCUCAUGGCCACAGUGGUCUUCGUGGGCGUCAAGUACGUCAACAAGCUGGCCCUGGUGUUCCUGGCCUGCGUGGUGCUCUCCAUCCUCGCCAUCUACGCCGGCGUCAUCAAAACUGCCUUCGACCCGCCCGACAUCCCGGUCUGUCUGCUGGGGAACCGCACGCUGUCCCGACGUGGUUUCGACGUCUGUGCCAAAGUCCACACCGCCAACAAUGGCUCAGUGACCACCACGCUCUGGGGCAUCUUCUGCAACGGCUCCGCGGACAGCACUUCCUGCGACCAGUACUUCCUCCACAACAACGUCACCGAGAUCCAGGGCAUCCCGGGCGUGGCCAGCGGUGUCCUCCUGGACAACCUGUGGAGCGCGUACGCGGAUAAGGGGGCGUUUGUGGAGAAAAAGGGAGUGCCCUCAGUGGCCGUGCCGGAGGAGGCCCGUGCCCGUGGGCUGCCCUACGUGCUCACCGACAUCAUGACCUAUUUCACCAUGCUGGUCGGCAUCUACUUCCCGUCCGUGACUGGCAUCAUGGCGGGCUCAAACCGGUCUGGGGACCUCAGGGAUGCGCAGAAGUCCAUCCCCACCGGGACCAUCCUGGCCAUCGUGACCACGUCUUUCAUUUACCUCUCCUGCAUCGUGCUUUUCGGGGCCUGCAUCGAAGGCGUGAUCUUACGAGAUAAGUUCGGGGAGGCCCUGCAGGGGAACCUCGUCAUCGGGAUGCUGGCCUGGCCUUCGCCCUGGGUCAUCGUCAUUGGCUCCUUCUUCUCCACCUGCGGGGCCGGCCUGCAGAGCCUGACUGGGGCGCCACGCCUGCUGCAGGCCAUCGCCCGGGACUCCAUCGUCCCCUUCCUGCAGGUGUUUGGCCAUGGGAAGGCCAACGGGGAGCCCACGUGGGCCCUGCUGCUCACGGCGCUCAUCUGUGAGACAGGCAUCCUCAUCGCCUCCCUGGACAGCGUGGCCCCCAUCCUGUCCAUGUUUUUCCUCAUGUGCUACAUGUUCGUGAACCUGGCCUGUGCCCUGCAGACGCUGCUGCGCACGCCCAGCUGGCGCCCGCGCUUCAAGUACUACCACUGGACCCUGUCCUUCCUGGGCAUGAGCCUCUGCUUCGCCCUGAUGUUCAUCUGCUCCUGGUACUACGCGCUAUGCGCCAUGCUCAUCGCCGGCUGCAUCUACAAGUACAUCGAGUACCGCGGAGCCGAGAAGGAGUGGGGCGAUGGCAUCCGCGGGCUGUCCUUGAAUGCCGCCCGCUACGCCCUGCUGCAUGUGGAGCACGGCCCGCUGCAUACCAAGAACUGGAGGCCCCAGGUGCUGGUGCUGCUGAACCUGGACGCCGAGCAGCACGUGAAGCACCCCCGCCUGCUCUCCUUCACGUCGCAGCUCAAGGCCGGCAGGGGCCUGACCAUCGUCGGCUCCGUGCUGGAGGGCACCUUCCUGGACAAGCAUGUGGAGGCCCAGCAGGCCGAGGAGAACAUCCGGGCCCUGAUGAGCGCCGAGAAGACCAAGGGCUUCUGCCAGCUGGUGGUGUCCUCCAGCCUGCGGGACGGCAUGUCGCACCUCAUCCAGUCGGCCGGCCUGGGGGCCAUGAAGCACAAUACGGUGCUCGUGGGCUGGCCCGGGGCCUGGAGGCAGGCGGACGGCCCCUCCUCCUGGAGGAACUUCGUGGACACCGUGCGUGACACCACAGCUGCCCAGCAGGCCCUGCUGGUGGCCAAGAACGUGGACCUGUUCCCCCACAACCAGCAGCGCUUCAGCAGCGGGCACAUCGACGUCUGGUGGAUCGUCCACGACGGGGGCCUGCUCAUGCUGCUGCCCUUCCUGCUGCGGCAGCACAAGGUGUGGAGGAGGUGUCAGAUGCGCAUCUUCACGGUGGCCCAGGUGGACGACAACAGCAUCCAGAUGAAGAAGGACCUGCAGACCUUUCUGUACCACCUGCGGAUCAGCGCCGAGGUGGAGGUGGUGGAGAUGGUGGAGAACGACAUCUCAGCCUUCACCUACGAGCGGACGCUGAUGAUGGAGCAGCGGUCACAAAUGCUGAAGCAGAUGCAGCUGUCCAAGACGGAGCGGGAACGGGAGGCUCAGCUCAUCCAUGAUAGGAACACGGCUUCCCACUCGGCCAUGGCCACCAGGGCCCAGGUCCCGUCCACGCCCGACAGGGUGCAGAUGACCUGGACGAAGGAGAAGCUGGUUGCUGAGAAGCAUCGGAACAAGGACAACACCGUGUCCGGGUUCAAGGACCUCUUCAGCCUGAAGCCAGAAUGGGGAAACCUGAGCCAGUCCAACGUGAGGCGGAUGCACACGGCCGUGCGGCUCAACGGCGUCGUCCUGGACAAGUCACAGGAUGCCCAGCUGGUCCUGCUGAACAUGCCGGGGCCCCCCAAGAACCGGCAGGGGGAUGAGAACUACAUGGAGUUCCUUGAGGUCCUGACCGAGGGGCUGAACAGGGUGCUGUUGGUCAGGGGCAGCGGCCGGGAGGUGGUCACCAUCUACUCAUAGCGCCCUGCCCCCACGGGCCGGCUGGGCAGGCGUGCCGACGGAGCCACAGAGCUCGCUGACCAGCACUGACAUUUUGUGGAAGUUUCUAGAACGCCCCCGGGUGCUCCCAUCCAGGCUGAGCACCAGCGUGCACACAAGCUUUCCUCGAGUCCACCCCCUCGGCCCCUCCCCCCAGGAGGCUGGCAGAGACGACCGCGUCGUGUAGCCCAGCGAGGCGGGAAGCCCCCGGACGGACUCUCAGAGCUGACUCCCCGGCUGGGCCUUCAGGCUGUUGUGCAGUUAGGGCUAAUCUGAGCCCCGCCCAAGGCGCCCACAAGGAGCCGAACAGACCCUGGGUGGCCCUGGGUGCUGGGUCUCCCCACCUGCGGCCCCGCCUGGGUUUAGGCUCCAGGUAACGGCAGCCGACGGCGGGGACGCCUUUGGGACCUGGAGCCCCGCACGCGUGAGCAUCUGACGCACACCUGCUCCCGAGACCCCGGUUCCCACUCCUCGUGCUGGAGGGGGUCGGACUGCGGCCGAGGCACCCAGCCACAUUAGGGGCACUGACAGGCGGUCCCAGCUGUGUUGAGGCCUCUGACACGACAUCUUCCAAUGACCUGGACUCUGUCUGCACUUUGCACGUGUCAUCACACCCACUGUAUGUUGUUGGAGUAACUUGUGUGCCUCACUUUCCUUACAGCUUAUUUAUUUAUUUAAACACUGAGGGGCGGGGGGUUCACUGAUAAAAGCUGUCCGUAUGGAGAUCGCUUCAAUGGAAGGGGCCCCAAAUAGCCCAGCCUCAGCUCCCGUGGGCUCCCUAGGAAUCGGCCUGGUCCGUGGAUUUCAGGUCAGGCGGGGUCUAAGCUUCCGGAUGCACCCGAGGGGUGGUUGGGCAGCGGGCAGCGGCCACAGCUAGUGCCAAAUGCCAUGGGUGGGCAGGGGUCUGGUUCGGGGCUGAGUUAGGCGGUGAAACCCACCCCAGUGGCCUCUGGCCCCCUUCCUGCGUCUGGGGAGGGCCCGUGGGUCCCACUCCUGAGUCAUGUGGCUCACCCCGGCUGGCGUGGAGCAGGUGCACGCGGCCCCCUGCCCCGUGUCUUCACCCGCAGCCUUUCCACCGUCAACCAUGGAACCGCAAGCCAUUUAGAGUUGAUUUCUUGUUUCCCUUUUUUAAGAAGGUUCUUUGUAUCAUUUUGUUAGCAGAAGAAUAAAAUUGUAUAGAAUCUGAA